AUGACGAAGCAAAAUUUACCACCGUUUUCAGCCAGUGGUGACAUCAAUGAUGCGAUAUUUCCAAUGCCGGAAUAUAUUCUUUUGCAACAUCGAGAUUUACAUACGAAAUCAUUGUCAUUUAUGCCGUCAACUUCAGUCAAUCUUCGAAAUAUCUUUGAAUAUGAUAUUAUCAAACGGCCAAUUGAACGAACGUUAAAACGGGUGUCACUAAAAACAAUCCCUAUAGAUGAGGAUCGUAUCUAUCGAAUAUGCUCACCGAAAGUAGAAUACUUUAAUGGUUUGUCACAAAUAUUUUCUGCCGAACGCACGACACCUGAUAAUGAUUCACAAAAAAGAGCGACUUUACCGUUAGUAUCAUCAAAAUCGUUCCCGUGGAAAAAAACUACAAUGCAUCAGCAUCCCGCAUCAAAUGAUUCAAAGCAAAUGGCACAGGAACGAAUAAAUAUCAUUCAACACAGUAGUAAGAAGUACGCAUGUCUUUCUCGGAAACAGUUGGAACCUUACUUCCAAAAAUUUGCUGAACGCAUGCGCCAAAAUGCGACUCAAUUUGAACACUUCUGUUUAACGAAUGCUACCGUUGUCCGACAACGUAAUCAAAAAGAUUGGUAA